CUGCCAAGCACUUCCUGCAUGAUGCCUGUGUGUAGAGGCUGCUGCUUCCUAGAAGUUUGGUUACUGCCAGCGCCAUUUUAGACUCACCAGUGGACAGCACAGAGGGCAGGAAACGGCGGGAGACAGAGCCAGGUGGCUUGCCCGGUUUGACCAGUGUUGGCAGAGCUGCUGUGACAAGAUGGGGAAGGAUCUGAUCUGGGAAGUAUUUCAGGUCUGAAACAUUCAUUUCUCUACUGUGUCACUGAAAAUGGACAAAAAACAGAGUGAUCCAACCGAGCAGGUCCUAAACCUCACCCUGGAGAUUAUCCUUCUGCUGACUGGAGAGGAUUAUUUUGUUGUGAAGAAAUCAGGAGAGAGAGCAACGAAUAGAAGUCUUCAGGUUGUAGAAGGAACUUGCAGGGUGCUGACAGAUGUUCACCUACCUUUGCCUCAGUCUAUGACACACAAGCCAGACAAUAAGCAGAGGAUCUUAGAACUGACCAACAAGAUCAUUGAGCUGCUGACUGAAGAGGUUCCUAUAAGAUGUCAGGAUAUCACUGUCCAUUUCUCCAUGGAAGAGUGGGAGUAUUUAGAAGGAAACAAGGAUCUGUACAAGGAUGUAAUGAUAGAGAAUGAGCAGCCUCUCACAUCUUUAGGUUUACCCACAGGUAGUACGAAUGAAUAUCUACCUAUGCAGAUUCAGGAGGACCAAUACAGGGAAGACUUAACAAAUCCUGACAUUUAUCCACCUACAGAUCAUAUACAACAAGGUCCUUCUCAUAUUACGGAGGAGCCACACUCAUGUGACGGAAGCAAUCUAAUAGAAUCUACACAACAAUAUCCAUUCACUUAUGUUAAGGAGGAUCCAGUCUCGUGUAAUGGUGGCACCCUCACAGACCAAAACAAGUGUGCAGCUACAUAUUCUCAUGCAUUGCAAUAUGAAUUUACUUAUAUUGAGGAAGAGCCAAGUACAUGUGAUGGAGGAAAUUUCAAAUAUCCGAACAAUACACCAUUGGAUCAUACACACAGAUAUCUGCCUUCUCACAAUAAGGAUGAAACAGUCUUACUAGAUGGAGAUUCCCUCACAAACCCCAACAUUUAUCAGGUAAAAGAUCAUUCCUCACAAUGUUCAUCUCAUGUUAAUGAGGAUCCAGCCCCAUGUAGAGGUGCAAACCAAUAUCCCUCAACUUAUGUGAAAGAUGGUAAAAAUCCAGAUACGAAUUCUCCAGAGUCUCAAAGUGUUGCUAAUGGCCACAUCAGUGUACAAUAUUCUUGUUCUGAAUGCAAGAAAUGUUUUUGGUCUAUGGCAGAGUUAGUAUCGCAUCAAGGAAUUCAUACAGCAGCAAAAUUACUUCAGAGUGGAACCCAUGUCUUUACCACAGCAAUUGUGCAUGCUCCCCCUGAACCACCUGUUAAGCAUAAAUUGUUGACUUGCUCCAAGUGUGGGAGAACAUUCUAUACCAAAUCGUCACUUGUGGGACAUAUGAAGACUCAUUGGAAAGUCAAUCACUUACAGAAUGAAACAUAUAAAUGUGAUCAGUGUGGGAAGUGUUUCUUAAGUAAAUCACUACUUAAUAUGCAUUUAAGACUCCAUUCUGGAGAAAGACCUUAUGCCUGUAGCACGUGUGGAGAUUGCUUCAUGAGAACUUGUGAUCUUGGCAAACAUCAAAGAAAACAUCAAUAAAGAGCAAGAAUUGUGCCUUCAGGUUAGUGAAUGUCCUCCAAUGCCCAUAUGGAAAAAGGACAAACACAAGAGAAUAUCUAGUAAAAGAUUUUCUACAUGAAAUUAUCUAAUAUGGUGACUGGUGUGAAAGAUAUCCUCCAACUUAUUUUAUGGCCUCUACUGAUGAUAAUUUAUUUUCCUGUAUCUGUUUCUUUCAUGAUGUAUGUUGAUGUUGGGUUUGACCUUUCUUAGAAUUUGAAAUUUUUUCCCUGGGCUCAUCCAUCACUCCGUAUUGUAGCUCUGGCGUAUAGAUCCACACUGUGGUGCUCAUAGACUGGUCUAUACUGUACCUCCAGGUUUAAUUAAUUUUAUACCACCAUACAGGGUCCAUUAACCCACAGGUCUGUAUACUGUAAGAUAACAAUUGAAAGGAGAUGUUGUCCGAGAACAGUAGGAAACCGCAUUUAACGUGAUGGGUACACCACUCUGGUCAAGAAAUGAUGAUUCUUGAAUAAACCUAGAAUACAUUCAGUGAUGUUGAACAGGGGUGAUAUAACUUGGUGACAGUGAAACCUUAGAACAGAACUCACAAGCUCAUGGCCGGAUCGUGUGAACUUGCAAAGUGGAUCCUUUAUAAGGUUGGAGAAUAAGAAGAUUUUUAGUUUCAGACUACUAGACCUUCUGUAACCUCAUAAAUGAUAGGUAUAAGGUGUUGCAUAAUUAUCUGUUUUGUAGCCACUUGGUCUAAGGCCUCAUGCACCUGGCUAUGUUUAGGUGAGCUUCUACAGAAUGUAGAAAUGCAGACUCUGUUCACCAUCAUGCCUUAUUUCCCAGAAUCUGCUUUGAGGAAGUGGCUCUUCAUGUAUGCUCAGGUAGACUUCAGCUCAUAGCCAGAGCUUACAACUGUUGGCACUGGGAGGCUUGUUAACAUUACUGGUUUCACUCAAACAGUGAGUUAGGCCCAUGGCAUAAAAUUCUAACCCUCCUGUGCUAGAGGCUGAUAUAAACUGCAAGUAUGGAGAAUGCUGAGUCAGCUCAUUUAAUAUAGAGAAAUCUUAUAUUCACUAUG